AUUUUACAAUAUGUUUUACCAUAAAGGAUAGAUAAUGUUGUAAAUAAACAUGGCUGGAGCUGAAUCUGCUGUACACAGAGUUAUUGUCGAAAAGCCAAGUAUUCCAGAAAGAUUAAUCAAUGGAAGCAAAUUUAUUAAAUGGCCCAAGUCAGACAAUGAUGAUUCCAUCAUUGCUGUGCAGGUUACGUUAAAAAUUGAUCCGAAAGGUCACAUCAUAUACUGGCAAGAACCUGGAAGGGAUACCGAAUGUUUAGAAAUUUCAAGCAUAAGGGAUACUAGGGUUGGGAAGUAUGCAAAGGAACCAAAGCAAGAAAAGCUUGAAAGAUCGGCUCAAAAUAGUGGGGAUCCACAACUCAUUAAGAUGGUAUGCAACUCAUCAGUUCCGGUGGUUGAGAAAUGUCUCACGAUCGUGUACGGUGUCAAGCUGGUUGAGCUUUCCUUUCUAAACUUCAUCUGUGUUGAACUAGAUCCCCAACAAUGUGUCAAGGAAUGGGCCGAUUUUCUUUUGGAGCUUGCUUAUCAUCCAUGUACACGACAUAUAUCAGUGCAAACAUCUAUAGAGAAAGCGUACACCCGGUUAAAACUAGAAACAAAUCAGUUUGGGGAAAUUCCUGUGAAAAAAUUGAUAAAAGUACUAGGUGGUAAAAUAAAGAGAGUGAACCAUGCAUUGGCAUCAGUGGGACUUGUACCUGGCAGGACUGAUGUUUCAAUUAAACCAGACGACUUUCAUUUAUCUGGAUUUAAAAAGUUGCUCCAGUUAUGUUGUCUUCGACCAGAGUUGGACUCGGUGUUUUCAAAAUUAGGUACAGGUGCAAGAAGAAUGUAUGUAUCGCACCAAAAGUUUAAGGACUUCAUUAACAAUGAACAGAGGGAUCCAAAAUUAAAUGAUUUGCUUUACCCGUUUCAUACGGAUGACCAAGCACAGGAUGCAAUCACUAACUUUGAACCAAAUGAAAUGUUUGCUACCAAAGGUCAGUUAACAUUGGAAGGUCUGGACGCUUAUCUUCAAUCCGAUGACAACCUUAUUGUUGGUUUGGAUAAAUUUGCUGAACAUCAAGCAAUGAAUGCACCUCUGUCUCAUUACUUCAUCAAUUCUUCACAUAAUACAUAUCUAACCGGUACUCAAUUAAGAAGCAAAUCAUCAGCCGAAAUAUAUCGGCAAGUUUUGCUCACUGGAUGUCGCUGUGUGGAGUUGGAUUGUUGGGAGGGGGACGAGGAGCCCGUGAUCAACCAUGGAUUUACUCUUUGUACUCACGUCCUCUUCCGUGAAGUAAUUGAAGCAAUCAAUGAAAGUGCGUUCAAAACUUCACCUUACCCUGUGGUUCUAUCAUUUGAGAAUCAUGUUGACAAUCCACAACAGCAAGCAAAGAUGGCACAAUAUUGUCGCGAUAUAUUUGGGGAUAAAUUACUGAUUGACCCGCUUAGCAAGUAUCCUAUGAAGACGAGGACAGUGAGGAUGAAGGCAGCAUCACGACACUUGAUUAUGAGGAGAAUGCUAAGGAGUGCGGAACUGCAAUGAAAGAAUCAAAAGCUUACGAAGCUAUGUCAUCGUUAGUCAACUAUGUUCAACCUGUUAGGUUCAAAUCAUUUGAAUUAUCUGAACGAAGAAAGCGAUGUUAUGAAAUUUCUUCAUUCACUGAGUCUGCUGCUCUGCGUCUUCUUACCUUCUACCCGAUGGAAUUUGUGCGUUACAAUCGUCGGCAGAUGAGCAGGAUCUACCCCAAGGGAGCUCGUGUAGAUUCAUCAAACUAUAUGCCACAGAUAUUCUGGAACGCUGGUUGUCAGUUUGUGGCACUUAACUUCCAAAUUUUGGAUCUUGCCAUGCAACUAAACAUGGGCUUAUUUGAGUUUAAUGGUUCAUCUGGUUAUAUUCUUAAACCUCUCCCCAUGAGAAAUAAAGACAAAACUUUUGACCCGUUUUCCAAGAACUUGGAUGGUGUUGUAGCUACAAGUCUAAAAAUUCAAAUUAUAUCUGGUCAGUUUCUUUCCUCUUCAAAAGUAAGCACCUACGUAGAAGUGGACAUGUAUGGCUUACCUGCCGAUACAAUAAGAAAACGAUUAAAGACAAAAGUUGUCGAAAGCAACUCCCUCAACCCAUGUUACAAUAGUGAGGUGUUUACAUUCAACAAGAUCGUGCUUCCAUGUAUUGCUAUACUACGCAUAGCAGUAAUGGAAACUAAUGGAAGUAUGUUGGGUCAACGAUUCCUGCCUGUUGAUGCACUUAAACCUGGUUACAGAUACAUCACACUUCGUAAUGAGGGCAACCAACCACUAACCAUGCCAUCUUUAUUCGUUCAUCUUGAAGUUGCUGACUUUGUCCCUGAAGUGCAUUUAAAAUUUAUGGAAGCACUCGCAAACCCGAUCCCAUUUAUGAAAGAGAAAGAUAGAGAGGAACAAGAGAUGAAGAAUCGGCAGAAAGCUCUCCAACUUCUCUUGGAGGAGGAUGAGAAAGAGAAAGUUGAAGACAAACCUUUAGAUUCCGAUAAUGAGAGUGAAAAACCCAAACCAGCUUCAGAUAAAAAAGAGAAAAAACCAACAGUAGAAACAACUACUAAGGAUGGAGAUUCGAUUCCUUUACCUAAACCAGUAAAGGCAAGCAAGUCAAAACAGGAGAAGAAUGAAGUUUUAUUGGAAGUAUUUGAGCCACAAAACUUGAAUGACUUGCGUCUGAAUGAAGGUUACUUGAAAAUCAUCAAAGAAAGUGAGAAGGGAAUAAAUAAGUUGAAAAAGAAACAUAAAAAGACAUUUUCAAAAUGUCACGGCCAGCUCUUUCCAGCACGAAGCCCAUCUUUACUCAACUUAUUCUUUACAAGAAGACGACUAUCUGCUGCAGAUGUUACAAUUGACGUCAACCCUGCAAUGCCCGAUGAAAUAAAAAAGAAAGAAAUGUUUAAGUUACUUGAAGAACAAUUUGAUGCAGAAAAAACCUACCAGAUUGAACAAACAGAUAAUUUUGUUAGAAAAUUGGAAAGUUUUGUUCGUGACCACCAGAAAGUAGAGAUGGAAAGAUUAACUAAAACAUCUGCAAAAGAGCAAGCAGCUCUUCAAAGGCAGAAAGAUGCGGAGAAAGAGCAAAACAUCCGAGCCAUCCCUGUCAACCUUGGUAAAGAUGAAAUUGAGAGGAAGAAGAGAGAGAUCAACUCUAGUCAUAUCGAGGAGUGUGUCCGCAUCCGUGGAUCAUUGUUAUUAAAACAAGAAGAACGUGAAAAGGAGGUUCUUUGUCAACAAGAAGAAAUCUUAGCCAGUGUUGAAGAUGAAAGAAAAAAGAUGCUGGAGAAAAUUGAGCAGGAUUACCAGGAGAGCAUGAGAAAUGUUGAGGGGGUUUACGAAAUCCGCAAAUUGGAGCUCAACCAGAAGAAUGGUGCAGUGAGCGCCUACAAUGAUACGGCAGACGCCCUCCAAAACAGGACAGAGCUGCUUACCGUUCCCCCAGUAUUCGAUCCAAGUAGACGGGCGUCUGGUGGUCAACUUCUCAUUACUGGUAAACCAGCGCUGUUAGAACAGGUUGCUAAUUGAAAUAAGAUGACCGGAGGAUGUCAGAGCCGACAACUAAAAAGCAAAAACCAAAACCCGUACAGUACUCUAAGUCUAAGUCAUUCGACCAGUGAUUUGUGGGCAAAACGUGGAUAAAUUAAUCAGUGCAUGAAACUUUAGCUCGACGUCACAUCUCAGUUUGUUAUUUUACUCGGACAGUUCUGAUUUUUCAAAUGUAUUUGAAUUGUGCAACUUAAAACCAGAUUUUUCUACAAUCCUGUUUAUAUUUAGUGUAAGUACACUUUCAACUGUUCCAUUUCACAAUUUUCGUCAGUUUAUGCAACUUGCAUUGUAAUAGCGUGUGCAAUAAUUUACCGUGUUUUGUAAAUUAUAAGGUUGAUAUCUUUUGCAGUACAAUCUAAUAGAAUUAUAUUCCAUUAACUAAAUACUCACAUCAAAUGUUUGUAUUGUAAUUUAUGUUCCAUAAUGUUUUUACUCAACUUGUACGUGCUUGAUAUAUUUCUUUAAUGUAUAGUACAAACCUUUGGGUUACAUGUUUUUGUUUAGCCCAAACAGUCUGCUCAGCUGUUCCUAGUUUAUUUUAAACACGGAAUUAGCUUUUUGUAGCAGUAUUAAUAUCUCUUAUUAUUUUAUCUGUACAUCAAUCAUGUUUUAAAUUUACAUACCUAUUUACAGGCUUGCAUAAUUCUUGCGUGUUUUUUUCAUAGCAUUAGGGAACGUGUUUUAGUAGAAAACAAAGCAUGUAAAUAAAUUGGAAACUACCA